ACCAAAAUAGCAGAUCAAGAGAAAAAUGCGAACAAGCAAGAAUUUAACUUUGAAAAAGCUCGUCUGGAAGUGCACAAGUUUGGAAUCACUGGCUACAAGAAGCAGGAACAACGUGCAUGGGAACAGGAGCGUGCUAUCAUGCUGGGAGCCAAGCCCCCCAAAAAGGAACAUGUGAACUACAAGACCUACCAAGAGAAAAUGAAAGAGAAAAAAGCACUGAAGGAUGAUGAUAAGGGAAAGGAACAUAAAGAUGAUUCUCUUAAGAAGAAGAAGAAGAGGGAACAAAAGGAGAGGAAGGCCAAAAGGAAGAAAUCAGUGCCUAGCAUUUGGCCUGCAGGACAAGUUGGAAAAUUCAGAGAUGGGACCUUGGUUCUGCAAAGCUAUGACAUAAAGAAAAUUAAAUCAUCUAAAGUUAUCAAAUGA